CUGCCCCGUGUGGUCUCUCUUCCUCUCUCACCCGCAAUCCUUGAGAGUCAUGGAAGCAGGGGUGCCGCCGCCGCCGCCACCACCACCACCACCCACCACCACCAUUCUCGGGAAGUACCAAUUGGGUCGGCUACUGGGACGGGGCAGCUUCGCCAAGGUCUAUCAGGCCCGGUCCAUGGUCGACGACACAGCCGUGGCGGUGAAGAUCAUCGACAAGUCCAAAACUGUCGAUGCGGCCAUGGAGCCUCGGAUAAUCCGAGAGGUCAUGGCCAUGCGGCGCCUCGAGGACCACCCAAACAUCCUCAAAAUUCACGAGGUCAUGGCCACCAAGACGAAGAUCCACCUCGUCGUCGAGCUCGCUACUGGCGGCGAGCUCUUCUCCAAGAUCUGCCGCCGCGGCAAGCUUCCCGAGCCCUCCGCACGCCGCUACUUCCAGCAGCUGGUAUCGGCGCUGCGCUUCUGCCACCAAAACGGCGUCGCACACCGCGACGUCAAGCCCCAGAACCUUCUCUUGGACAAGGACGGUAACCUCAAGGUCUCGGACUUCGGGCUCUCGGCGCUCCCCGAUCAGCUCCAGAACGGCUUGCUCCACACGGCCUGCGGUACCCCGGCUUACACGGCGCCAGAGGUCGUCUGCCGGCGCGGCGGCUACGACGGCUCCAAAGCCGACGCCUGGUCCUGCGGGGUCAUCCUCUACGUGUUUCUCGCAGGGUACCUCCCAUUCGACGAUAGCAAUCUCGUAGCCAUGUACAAGAAGAUCCACCGCCGAGACUAUCAGUUUCCGGCUUGGCUCUCGAAGCCGGCGCGCCACGUGAUCUUUCAGCUCCUCGAUCCGAACCCCAGUACGCGAAUGAGCAUCGAGGCGCUGAUGCAACACGCGUGGUUCAAGAAGUCUCUGCAAGAAAAACCCGAAAACGACAAGAGUUUAUUCCGUUCAGCGAGUGAAUGCAACAAAAGCGAAAUGUUGAAAAGCAUGACCGCGUUCGAUAUAAUAUCCUUGUCUUCGGGGCUGGACCUGUCGGGGCUGUUCGAAACGACGGCGUGUGAGAGGAAGGAGAAGAGAUUUACGACGAGUGUUUCGGGGGAGAGAGUGAUAGAGAGAGUGAGGGAGGUGGGAGGGAGAUUGGGGUACAGAGUGGAGGAAGGCGGGAAAGGUGGGAAUAGCGUAGUCGGGUUGGUGAAAGGGAGGGUGGUUAUGUGGGUUGGCGUCUGGGAGAUUGCGGAAGGCUUGGUCUUGGUAGAGGUUAGGGUGGUGGAGGGUGGGCUGGAGUUUCAGUGGGGGGAUUUCAAGGCUGGUCUUCAGGACAUUUUGCUUACUUGCCACGGCAACGAUUACGACUAGUAUUGGUGGAGACGGUUGAUUUCUGAACAGAAGUUAAGAUCUUAACGUUUGUCUCAUGGUUGAUCUUCUUUGUACAUUGAAAUCAUCAUCAGAUAGUGUUAGAACAAUUAUGAUAGUGAUUUUUCUCCGUUCCUUAGCCAUUUACUUGUGCGUUAAUGAUGAAGGCCUGUUCUUUUUUUUUU